UUUUACUAUUUCUUUAACUGAUCCUAAAUGCACACAUUUACCCAAUGCAUGGCUCUAAUCCCAUGGAAUAAUUUACACCAUGAAUGCCAGAGUCCCUUGGAUGAUCCCUUUAUAAGGACCAGCUCUUCUCUCAAACCUCAGUCUGCUUCAUCUCCUGCCACAACAACACAUCUCUCCUACUUCCAGCUGAACUGAUUUUUUAAGAAGUUUGUCAGACACUCGUCGAUGGCAUCUAAAAUGAAAGACAGGAAGAGAACUCCCAUCUCCCACAAAGUCAUUGAGAAGCGAAGACGGGACCGCAUUAAUCGCUGCCUUAACGAAUUAGGAAAAACUGUACCAAUGGCCCUGGCAAAACAGAACUCUGGGAAACUGGAGAAAGCUGAAAUCUUGGAAAUGACAGUUCAGUACCUGCGAGCGCUCCACUCAGCGGAUUUCCCCCGUGGGAGAGAAAAAGGUGAGCUGCUGGCUGAGUUUGCAAACUACUUCCACUACGGAUACCACGAGUGUAUGAAGAACCUGGUUCAUUAUCUGACCACAGAGGACAGGGCUGAAACCAAAGAUAUCAAGUACGCACGGAUCCUCGCCUUCUUACAGUCUAAAUCCCGUGUGGUCACCGAGCCUGUGUUCGGCUCCGUCGCCUCGAUGCCAGAACCGUCUGACUACCUCAGCCAGCUGCACUCCUCUCCGGAGCACCAAAGCCACAGUCCGUCUGACUCCGUGUACCAGCAGAGUCCACCGGGACACUUCUCCUGGCACAGCUCGACCCGCAGCCCGGGCAUCUCAUACCCAACAGUGCCGCUCUCUGCGCACACACAGCAGCACGGUGGAUACUUGUCACCGGUGCAGGGACUCGAUCAUCACUAUUUCAACUUUAUCAGUCACACUCACCCAAACACGUUUAGUUUGCACAGUGCGCAACAUGCCAUGUAAAUAGUUCUGCUAUGUUUUGUUUUAAUUUAUAUAUUUGUGAAUGAUGGAAAUAGAUCUUGUACAUGUUGUGAAUAAAUAUCUCUGACUAAA